AGGACUAUGAUGGCACAGCACGUCCACACAAGGACAACACAGACAGCAGAAUGAAACGGGAUCAAAGCGACUAUGGGAAGCUCGAAAAGCGGUUGGCAGAGUUCAGCCAUCCGUUCCUUGGUGAAGAUUUGAUCAGCCUCUCCAGUGGGAAAGUCUGUUCUGCUCAAGCAACCUCCGAUCUCCUAUCCAGUCACACGCAGGGAAAGAGUGCAAUGAGCAAGUUCGUGGCAGACCGCUUGGAGAGUCAGGCAGUUGAUUUCUUCACACCGAUAUCACGGCUGAACCUGAAGACGUUCUCGGAAACCAAAUCUGCAGCAAAGAAGUCUUCCAAGACAACAGCGAUCGUGGCAGAUAGGAGCUUAUUCGGCCGGCUACUAGUUAUGGCUCAAUCAAGGUCAUUCGACUUGAAGGAACUCUUCCAGCAUGAGCUUGGACCAGUCCCAUGGGCCCUGGCCAACGCAGACGGAUCCCUUGUGAAGACUCCAAAGAGUAAGCUGCUGCUUGCUCUUGAGAAGAAAGUUGACCCACUGGAGUCAGUUCCGCGUGGUCCCGCCGUUAUGGUCGACGCGAUGGCAUUACUGCAGAGCUACACAUCUGCGCCACCGACAUUCGGACAGCUCAGCGAACAAGUCUUCAAGCAGCUAGUCUCCUACCUUCCAGCUACUCCUCCAGCACGAGUUGACUUCGUAGCAGAUCAAUACCACACUGCGUCGAUUAAGUCGUGCGAGCGCUCAAAGCGAACGGCCUCAACUGAGCCCCUGCGAGUGGCAGUACAACGUCCAGACCAGGCUAUUCCUACUCAGUGGAAGCGGUUCAUGGCAAGCGGAGCGAAUAAGGCCGGCCUAAUCCAGUUCUUCGCUGACCAUUGGAGUUCUACACCGGAGCUCAAGGCAACAUUGGGUGUCAGUCGCAGUGUAUUCAUAACCGUGGGACAGCAGUGCUACGUGUUGCAAGAAGAAGAAGGGAAAUCGACACUUUCAUGGCACCAGGUGUCCAGGUUAGUAUUAUAAAAGACAAACAGUACAAUGUCAUGUUUAUUGCGACUUUGACUAUUGUCAAGCAAGUGGUAUAAAACAUUUGCUGCAUAUUGGUCCCACAAGUACAAGUAGGAUAUUGCUGAUGGAUUGAAUUCAGUGAUGAAAAUCACAUAAUCUGGCAGAGCCAUGUUAUCGUUCUCUGAAUGCCCGGGAAAUCAUUUUGCUCUUUUUACAAUUUUGAUCAUGUUCACAGGUUGACCAGCAAUCAUGAGGAAGCAGACACCCGGCUGAUCCUUCAUGCCGCUGAUGCUGUGCAGCAAGGAUUCCCAGAUAUUGUCAUUCGGUCGCCAGACACGGAUGUAGCCGUGAUUGCCAUUGGCUCCGCUAGCAGCAUUCCCGGUCGGCUCAUAUUCCAGACUGGCACGCAGCAACGGAGGCGGUUCAUCGACCUUACCCAGCUGUCACAGAAGCUGGGCCCCCUGGUUUCGUCUGCAAUUGUUGGACUGCAUGCUCUUACUGGGUGUGACAGUGUCAGUUCCUUUUCUGGGAAGGGAAAGACUGCUCCGCUGAAGCUGCUCCUGUCAAGCACGCGAAUGGCAGAGGCACUGGCGACACUGGGUGUCAAUGCUACAUCGGAUGACCAGCUGCUUUCUGAAUGUGAGUGGUUUGCGUGUGCCUUGUAUGGCAAUCCUGGCCAGCAAGACAUCAACAGCCUGCGCUACCAAAAGUUCUGUGCGGCCACAUCCUGUGCUCCGCACAAACUACCGCCCUCACGCGACGCUCUCCAUCAACAUGUGGCCAGGGCUAACUACCAGGCCCACAUUUGGCGGAGCGCCACCACUGCGAUGCCAGAAGUACCGAGUCCAGUGGGCCAUGGCUGGCAGUCGGAGACUGACGGCACGCUUUCCAUCUCCUGGAUGCUGCAGCGCGUCGCUCCUGCUGACAUACUAAAACUGGUGAGCUGUGGGUGCAAGACAAGGCACUGCGUAAGUCAGCACUGUUCGUGCAAGAAGGCGUCCUUGGCUUGCACGGACAUCUGCUCGUGCUGCUCAUGCGCCAAUCCGUUUGGGGCCGUACUCGAACAGAACGACAGCUCCGGUGCCGCAGAUGUGGGAACAACUGCAUGUGAAGGCGACCAAAACAGUGAGAGCGAGGAAAGUACUGGUGCUGACGACUUUGAAGAGUCUGACUCCAGCUCAGAUUCUGAUGAGGAUCCAGAUCAGGAGUUUGACGACUCGCUGUAGACACUGGCAACUGCACCGUCCUCCCCUGGUCCAAGCCACCCAUUGUGUUUGUGAAUUAUGGCUAUGGCUGUCAACACACCUAACCUGUUCACACAUUGUAUAUAAACUGCUUGUACAUAGCUUGGCUUCUAAAGCGAUGACGCUAUCAUCCUACAUUUUAUUCCAAUUUACAUAUUAAACUGGGCAUAUUGUCCAUGAAUUGCACAGCACUGGACAUGUCUUCCUUACUACAGUUGUAGUAUUUAUUUAUUUCAUUUUCGAUUGAGUAGUGACUACAAUGCGUUUAUAUCA